GAUAAUUUGCUUACUCACAUCAGCAAAAGCAGCAUCAAGGUAGGAGAUGUUCAUCUCAAGGGGUGAGCCCCUGGUGCGUAGCCCGGCAGUGGCGAAGGCGGCGGAGGCAACCAGAUCCACGAGGGAGGCGGUUGCGCCGCCGUGCAGGAAGCCGCCCGAGUUCUGCCUCAUUCAGGGAUCAGGGAGGAUUCAGAACUCGACUCGGGGGCAGAGAGAGAGAGAGAGAGAGAGAGAGAGAGUUGGCUCACGAGUAGUCUGGAGGGCACGUUGAAGUGGCAGAGGAGUGUGCCGGGCUGGAGGGCCUGGACGACGCGGAUUCCCCUCAGGACGAAGGCGUCGUAGAACCCCGAGGGCAAGCUCGGUAGCGCCUCCGCCUCUGCCUCACUCGUGAAGGUCUCCUCCAGCAGCCGCCUCGCCGUUUCCAACGACUUGUUCUCCCCACCGAAAUCGCCCGAGUCGGAGGCCAUCGCAAUUGGAUUCCCCUCCCGCUCCCGUUCCCUUUCCCUCCCCACCAGAAUCGUUAAUCGAGGAGGACGACCAAAGCGAGAAAGAAAGAGACAGGCGGAGAGGCGCCCGCCACGUCUUUACGCUUUCAAAGGCAACUCACGUAAUCCCUACGUGAACAGCGUCUUCCUUCCUGCCGGCGCCGAUGGCGAGCAUGGCAGCCGUCUUCGGCGAGGCCAAGCCGGACAAAUCCAACAAAGAUGCCGAUGCUCUCCUGCGCCGACCCGUGCUCUUCCACGCCCACUCCCAGGGCGGCCUCCGCGUCGUCGCCACCGACCUCCACUCCUUCGCUUGGCAUCGCUCCCUCGACCUCGACGGCCUCCGCGACCUCCAAGAUGACGUUGGCAUCGCUGGCUCCUGCUCCGACUUCCUCGACUACCUCUAUUCUUCCUUGUCUUCCGACCAAGUCAGGCUCUUCUUCCCUGCCGCGGCCCUAGGUCCUGAUACUGCUGAGCUUGUGGCUACCAAGGCAAAGGGACUACCUCGCAUCACUCUCUCUCUCGAUAGAGUUGCCGCAUCUGCGCUCAAAGAUGUCAUUGCUGAUUUCUCCCUUGCGCUCUAUGAAUCUUACAAGACCAGGCAGGAACAUGCAUCCAGAGAACAAGAACGAGUGUCACAGCUCAUGGAAAAUCUAGACUCUGAAAGAGAAAAAAACGAAGUAAUGCAAAAGCAACUUGAAGCCCUUUCAUUCCUCGACAAAAGAAAGGCUACAAAGCCAAAGCUUGUGACUGAUAAGUUUCCAAGUGUGUCGGGUGCACCUCCAAGCUCUGAUCAAAUGAUUGUUGCUGUACAGCAGCAAACACCAGCUUAUGGAUUUGCAAACCUGCAGUGGCUUUACCUAGCAAAGUUCCUCCUGCUAAAGGUACGAAGCGCGUGGCCCCUUUGCCUCGGAGGGCAAGAGUACGAGGAGCUUUGUUGCAAGAUACUGAAGAAAAUGCUGAUGAUAAUACUUAGAUAUUGCUGAUUUAUCAGCAUUGAUUAACUCUUUGGCAUGUAAACUUAUUAGUACAUUUCUGCUGGACUUAUGUCAAACUUGUGGAAUUAAAGUACACGCAGCUCAUGGUGUAGAAAAGGUAUGAGACUGUGUUCCUACAAGAAAGGAUUGUUUCCCUAGAAUAUUGUGGCUUUUGAACUCGUCUGUGAUGCUGCUUUGAUCUCGAUGAGCUUAGGGUGCCUAUCAAUACACAUCUAUAGCUGUUUCAGUGAA